CGUUGGCUCGUCUCGCUGACGAUUCCUCGUCGACGUUUUCACGAGCCGCAUCUACUACUGGCGCGCUUGCUGUUGACGUACUCACCUUCACCGGUCGAGGCUGGGCCAUCAUGUCUGGGCUUGUUGCGUAUGCCAGCAGCGACGAUGAAGGAGACGACGAGCAAUUGACUCACGAGGAGCAGGCUCCGACUACAGAAGACGUGCCGGACCGCACAGUAAAUCGAGGCCGCGCCGUAGCGACAUCGUCAUCAUCCGCGGCUCUUCCACCAGUCGCGGCGGAGGAGCAAAUACCGAAUACCGCAGUCGCAGAUACAGAACCAUCUGCGCCAGCAAUCGCCGCCGUCACGCAGAGCGCAGUCCCGCUUGGCCCAUCUCUCCCACCUGCAGAACAGCAAGAAGACCCCGUAGCCGACGAUGAAGACGGGACGGGAGCACCAUCAUCACCAUACACGGCCACGCGCGCCCUCAUCCACGACCUCACCCUCCCCGCCAUACCCAACCUCGACAUCCCUCCCUCACCGCCUGGAUCGCCUCCCGCCCGCGCCACAAAGACGUUUGAGCAGUUUCUCAAGCUGAAGAAGACGGGCACCCACUUCAACGCCAAGCUGCAGAACUCCACGGCGCUCAAGAACCCGAGCGUCACGGAUAAGCUGAUGGACUACGCCGGCCUGGACGGCGUGAGGCAGUACGAAACGACGCUGCCACUCGACCUGUGGAACCCGGCGGCGUUUCCGGACACGGCAUACGUAGAUAGGCUGAAACAGGCGCGGGAGAAGCUCGCGAGGCGCAUGGAGUCGGGCAAAUUGUCUGGGGGCAGGUCCACCGUCGAUUUUGUCCCCGCGUCGAUGCCCUCACCUGGUGCUGCUGGAGGGCCGUCAGUCGGCAGCCUCAGCAGAGGUGAGAAGCGUAAGGGGGACUGGAAGUGAGAGCAAGUCGUGUCACAUCGAUCUUCGAGGAUUUUACAGGGGUGGCUCAUAAGCCCUCGGCCGCCGUUGCGACGGAAACAUACAGCAACAGCUUGAUACCCAUCCAAGGUAUCAUGAAUCGGAGCACGGCUCCACCGAUGUGUCUUCGCAUCUCCCCUCACCAAGCCCACUCUCUGAAACUCUGAAAUGCGCAUCAGAGUGAUACAUAGAAACGCUGGCAGAGGUAUACAAAGACGUCAUUCAAAACCAACCAAAGCCAGGCCAAAUCAAUUGAGCAUCAUCCAAUGAACUCGUCCACCUUCACCGUCGCCCAGCCACCUUAGCAGGCAG